AUGUAUGAAUAUGCAGAUAGACUUACUUGUACUCCUACUAAAGACUGUGAAUCAGAAUUUGUGUUUUGUGAUCGUUCUAAUGAUGCUCCCAUAUGUGUUUCAAAGGCUCGUUUAGGAGGACACUGCGGCGGAUUUUCUAAUGGCAAGUUAACAAAGACAAACAUAUUGUAUUAA